AUGGCUAGCAACACAGUCCGCCGCUCCAGCCGCCUCAACCCUUACGAUUCCAAUGGCCGCGAAUACCUCGCAGGCCAGCUCGGGUGCUCGAGGCACGACCUGGAAGCCUGGAUCACAUCACCAACAGUCCAGCCUCACCUCAGGCUAUGGUACCAGACUUGUGUCUCUGGUGCGCGCCGCUUCAACGACGCCAUCGGUUGGAUCAACAGUGGCGAGAAUGGCUAUUACUACAAUCCCGACGGUCUCGAUGACGAUCUGUUGUUGAUGUGCCUCUGCGAAGGCUCCAAUAUCACCUCAUCAAAUGAGCCUGGUAGUGCGCUAGGUCUUGACACCGCAUCCUACGCCAACACAACCGCCAAAACCGACGACUGGAACACACAAGAACUCUGGGCGCGCACGGCGUGGAGGAUCGUACAAGCGAACAAUGGGCAGGGGCAGAUGUUUGCUGAGUUGAUUGAGAAGCAUCCAGUGGCUCGCUACGCUUUUGUCAUUGACUUGCUUUGCUUGGCGUUCCACUCGAUCGCGUUUCGGGGGAGGGCGAGCGCUUACGAGGGGUUGAUCAACGGUGUCGGUGUGCCAGACAGCAGCUCUCCGUCGUCGAAGACGAAGGGGCAGGCGGAAGUGGGAGUGGAGGAGAUAUCCAGGUCUGGAGAAGGGAAAGAGGGGAGUGAUGCCGCCUCCGCUACCAGCCAAUCCAGUGAGGACGCAGACAUGGAAACCGACGACCACAGUUCCGAUGGCGACUUUUCCGACGGCACCGACGCUACGACUGUCAUGGCUCCGUCGCCGGAGAGGAGCACCAAGAACCAGGGAUGA